CAUUUUUAAAUAUAUACCAAAGGGUUGGAACAUUUUUACCUCAGACAAGUUAGUCACAGUGGUGUUAAAUACACACCUUUCCGAUGUUUUGACUGGAAGAAAUCAUGUAAUGUAUUCGUUCGACGCUUCAUUAUUUUUCACUACCAUGUGCUUCUCACGUGCAAGGUGAGAGUUUAAAAUAUCGUCCAAUCAAAAUCGCCGUUUCAAAAAGCUCUCGAUAAAAACAUAAACAAGGAAGAAAUAUGAAAGAUAUUUAUAGCCAACCAAUUGCUACCGCAUACAUUCUUUGCAAAGAUCGAUCGUGUAAAUGAACAUCACUGAAAUUGACAACAUAUUAUUUUUUGAUUUUUUUUUUUAUAUUUGAACCGGCCAGAAAAUCGUUUGAAACGGUCAAUUUGGCCGGCGGCCGGUUCUUAGGGAAAACACUGAUAUCAUUACCAUUCAUUAUUUGAGGCAUUGUCAAUUAUUAAGCAAUGUUGGUGUGUGGGGUAUGUGAACUUGCUCACCUCUGCUUUCUUUCGUUUACAAAGUUCUGAGUAUACUGUUGUAGUUUGUGUGCACACUAACCAGUAUAUAGACCACGUGUCAACACUCAGGAGGUUUAUGAACUUAAUACACAAAUCCCAUAUCUGGAUAACUCCUUUAAAUAUUUCUUCAAAAGCAAAGUAUAUAGAGAAGGAGUUGAUGUUUGUAUAUAUGAUGCUGGAAGAGACUGAUGUGCAGAGUUUUUUUUUAUGUGAUUCAAACACUGAUUAAUGACUCCAUCUGUUGAUUUAUUCACCACUGUUUAAACAUGAAAGAUAAAGAAUUAGAAACACAUAUUACUGUACAGUCUCUUUAUUUGAAUAAAAUAUGAAUAUAUUAUUUGAUAUGCAUGAUAUGGGUCAGUAAAACCAUGAAAGGGUUGGGUGGUCAUUAUUUCUUGCAUGUCACUUAGGAUGAGUGGUUGUGGAAAAAAAAUUGUUUUCACCCAGGGUGGUUAAGCCUGCUGUGUAUUUAUAACUGCUUGUCCAAUUCAUUCUUUUAUUUUUACACAAAUGAAUUUACUAAUAAAACUUAUCUGUGACAUGUAUUGUACAGUGGCUGUUAAAAUUAUCUUGGAUGCUGGGCUAUUUUAUGAAAUCUCCCUCCCUGUCUGAUAAAUAGACCAUUACAGGUGACUGGAUGGACUCCUGUAAUUUUCAUCCCUGGUCCUAAUGCCAAGUCAACUUAAUUGAUAGAUUAUCAUCCCCACCCACCCCUUAAAAAUCGGCCUGUCCUGAUUUUUUUUAUUUUGCGAAACUUGCGAUUUCCGGAAAAUUUUCAUGCCCGACUCCGGUAUUUACACUUCUUAUUUACAUUUCUGGUAUAGCAACGUGAAAAGCCACAUGAAGAAAAUGGAUAUGGUUUUCUUAAUUUCUUGCAUUCUUACAGGGCUUGAAGCUAACUUUUUAUGUCACCAGUCCGCCGGACUGAUGGGGUAUAAUUUUAACCAGUCCGCAGAAAAAAUUACCAGUCCAACAGAGUUUUCCAGAAAUAAUCAAAUAUAUUUUGUUGAUAUCAUUAAAAUGAAAUUUAACUCAUUAUGCCUUAGACAAUAUUGUAACACUUAAAUGUGGGAUUUAUAUUUACGAAUCAGAUUCGUCCGAUUGAUUAAACAGAUCGAAGCAUGCCAAAUGUGUAUGAAAUUUCAUAUUAAGGAUAUUUUCCAAAAUGAUGAUUUAGAAAAUUAACCAGUCCCAUCGGACUGACUAAAGCAAAUGUCAGUCAGUCCGCCAGACUUUUAGCCAGUCACAGACUGACGGACAUAUAUUAAUUUCGAGCCCUGUCUUACACUAGAUGUAAAUCUUGAAAAAGUUUGGUAUAUUUCUGUGUUUGAAAUUAAAGCUUUUAAAACCUGAAAUUCGUCUGUGAAAUAAGCAUAGAUUGAUAUCCAUCUGGCAUUAAAUGAUGCACUUCUUUUGACAAAACUUGUUUGUCAUUAAUAUUUUUCUCAGAAAAUAAAAAUUCAAAAAUAAAAUCCUCCCACCCGCCCCAUCCUUUUUGGUGACCCUGGAUGAUAAUCUACUAAUUAAGUUGAAUUGGCCUAAUGGUUCUUGUUGUUACCCAGCCUACGGUACCUGGACUCAAAGCUGCUGACUUGGCUUUUUAUCUAAACAAAAUUCCAGAAAAAAAAAGAUUUCCGGGUCAGAAUUUAAUUCCGAUCUGGGUUAGCUUAUAAAUUCAACAAAAUGGCAACUAGCUCCCAGUGGCAUGACCAUUUUUUCUUAGAUUUUGUAACAAUCUGUUCUAUCACUGAGACUAUACUGUGUGAGUUUAGGAGAGGGUAUUAUAAUUGAAUCAUCAGUCCAUCUGUCUGUGGAUAUGAUUUGCCUGAAAUUUUUUACACUUUUUAUUACACCAUGAUCGGUGAUACAUAUUGAGGGUCAAAGGAAUUUUUAACAUACUCUUUAUAAAUUUUGGUGUUCUUACUGUCUUGGCUGAUAAAAAGCAUUUGUUUACAAUCCUUAAAAUAUGAACAUUUGUCUCCCAACAAGACAUAUAUAAACAAUUACAGUAUUUACAAAUACAAUUUUAAUUAUAAAUCCAAUUUAAGGUGUAUUUUGUUAAGAAAUGUUUCUAAUCCAUGUAUUUAUUUCUAUCACAAACAAGUUUUUAAUUUCAAACAAUUAAAAGUUGUGUCUGUGUCCCUUUAAAGAUGCAGGUGUUAGUUCCCAGAAGGGUGGGGGGGGGGGGGGGGGGGGGGGGGGUUACCUUACUCACAUUGCAAUGUAUGAAUGACUGAUUAUAGUGUAUAUGGUUGAAUUUUUAUUUUAUUUUUUACAAUAUAUCUAUAUUUAAAUAUAUAAAGAGGAUGCUUAAUAAAAUUCAAAUGCAAUCCUAUGUUGAGAAUUUUUCUACAACUGAAGGAUUUAAGUUUUAUCUGUAGCAGAGAAAGUAUACUUUUUCUCGUCUAAAAGGGGAUGGUACCCUUUAUCAGUACUAGUAAGAAGAAUGUUGCAAUUGAUAAAUUGGAUUACGAAUGUUGUACAUGGAAAUUUAUAAGACACAUUGUAUAGGUGUAAAUGAUCCGUAGAGAAUGAAGAAAAAGUCAGGGAAACUGAUUUUAUAAAACAAGAUGAAUGCUGAACUAUAAAUUUCCAUGUUUGCAGAAAAGGAAGUUCAAUGCAAAAAGUCUAUAAAUAUAUAUAUAUGUAAAAUCUGCACAUGAAUGAAAGCAUACUUUAAACCUGGUCCUUUGCCAUUCAAUCCAAUUUUUAUGAAUGAGUUCUGAAAGAGAGAAAAAAAAGGGGGAUUACAAUUUGAUAGAUAAGGCAGCUGCCACAGCUCUCAGAAUUCUCAGGAUUCCAGGGAUUCAGAUUGUUUACUGUGUAUAUUUCUUAAACAGCUGAUCAGAAUCACAUUUUCUCCCCAGUGUAUUAUGUAAGAGGCCAGUAUAGGUUACAUUCUUCUCCUUCAAUAAGCCAAACAUUGAACGACCUGCUAUGUGCAUCGCUUUUAAUUUUUUUGUUGCACUUUUCCUGUAAAUAAACCCUUGAUGUGAAUGACUACACUUGUGUUUGUUGUUGGAGUGAGAGAAAUUUAAUAAUUGAAAUAGAAAGUGUGGCAGCUGUUCCCCAGGAUGGCCCCAUUUGUAUUAUGUAGGUAGACUUCAUUACAUAUUGACCAGACAGAGAAGUGUGCCAUACUGUGUUUGUAAACUCUGUUUGGAUUGGUUUAAAUCCAGCAUUGCCUUGAAACAGUGAUGGAUCGUCAGCCAAUUAAGGAGUAUUUGUCAUCGGAUGUUGGAAGUAAGAGAUGUGCUAGACUGCAUAAUACAUCCCGUAUCCUUAAUCUCUGUAGAGGGUGAGGACAGAGUUUUCGUGCUUAAUUCUGUGCAAUUCCGGUUUAAAGGGAGGUCUUUUAUCACAUCUGCUUGUGUGGGAACUGACACCUGUACAACACCAGGGGCAUGAACAUAACAGAAUUAAAGCUACCGUUGGACAGAGAACGUGGAUUAGUGUUUUGAUAUACGGAGUUUACCUUAGUCCACACAGGAUUGUUACUGCUGCUGCUGUGAGAGGUGACAGAGUGGGAGUAGUUUAAUUGGGUUGAUCCUUGUGAGGUAAACGUUUGUAUACAUGAGAGUUGAUGCACGGGACCUCACACAUUAAAAUGAGGCAGCCUGAGGCCAACCUGUCGAUGGCAUCAGCUGGUGAAUAUGAAUCACUCGCCUCAGCAGCAUCUAGUGACUCUGUCUGACACUGGGCCACUCGUGUAAACGUCAGAGUCUCACUUCAUCAUGUUUCACGUCAAGAUAUGUUGAGACGGGGACAUCCUACAAGUGUUUGUCAACUGAUGAAUAGUGCAAUAUAUACUUUACUAGCAUUUAUAAACUAGAUGAAAAUUUAUUAGCCAGAUAAAUGAAAGCUUUAGAGUUUUCUUACCUUGUUGUGCUUCUGUGAUUAUGCCAGUGGAUACAAUUAACUGCAUCCUUAGUUUGAUGCUGAAAGUUUUUAGCAGACAAGGAUUGACACAAACUAAUUAAGGUGAAUGGUCGUGAAAAGAGUGGAAAUAACCAUGGAUUCGGGUGCUGUGGACGAUCGUUUACUUCUGACUCGGAGUCACUGGUUAAAGCAGGAGCAAGAGUAUUACACGCAGGCCAUCCGACUGAAACGUCAGCUGUCGAAGGCGCGCCAUGCUGGAGAGGCGGGAUUGUUGUAUCAUAGGAUAGCUGGCACAGACCAGUUGGACAUCAUGGCUGACCUGCAGCAACAGGAAGUGGUGGCCAUGCAAAACCGCAUUCCUGUGUCCUUCCGCGAACCCAGCACAGCACCUCUCCGUAAACUCAGUGUUGAUCUCAUUAAAACGUACAAACAUAUAAAUGAGGUGUACUAUGCAAAGAAGAAGAGGAAGGUCGCUGGGGGCCAGGGAGAUGAGAGCAGUCACAAAAAGGGCAAGGUCAAUGUGUACAACGAUGGAUAUGAUGAUGCCAACCAUGAUUACAUCGUGAACCCUGGAGAGAAGUGGCUCGAUCGCUACGAAAUUGAUUCCCUUAUAGGCAAAGGCUCCUUUGGUCAGGUGGUGAAAGCAUAUGACCAUGGGGACCAGGAGCAUGUAGCCAUCAAAAUCAUCAAGAACAAGAAGCCAUUCCUAAAUCAGGCACAGAUAGAAGUUAAACUACUGGAGCUGAUGAACAAACAUGACAAAGAAAACAAGUAUUAUAUAGUCAAACUCAAGAGACAUUUUAUGUUCCGAAAUCAUUUGUGUCUAGUGUUUGAACUGUUAUCGUAUAAUUUAUACGAUUUACUACGGAACACAAACUUUAGAGGCGUGUCCCUCAAUCUGACUCGCAAGUUUGCUCAGCAGUUGUGCACUGCCUUAUUGUUCCUCGCAACCCCAGAACUCAACAUAAUUCACUGUGAUCUUAAACCAGAGAAUAUAUUACUAUGUAAUCCUAAACGAAGUGCAAUCAAGAUAGUGGACUUUGGGAGUUCAUGUCAGCUAGGACAACGAAUUUACCAGUAUAUCCAGAGUCGAUUUUAUCGAUCCCCGGAGGUGUUACUGGGGAUUCCGUAUGACCUGGCCAUUGACAUGUGGUCUUUAGGCUGUAUCCUGGUAGAGAUGCACACUGGGGAACCGUUGUUUGCAGGCUCUAAUGAGUAUGACCAGAUGAUGAAGAUUGUUGAGGUACUAGGAAUGCCUCCCAAACACAUCUUAGACCAGGUGCCAGUCAAAGCCCGCAAGUACUUCGAGCAGUUGCCGGACGGAAGCUAUGUGUGCAAAAAGCCCAAGGAUGGCAAAAAAUAUAAGGCUCCAGGCACUAGAAAACUCCAUGAUGUGAUAGGUGCAGAGACCGGGGGACCCGGCGGACGAAGGGCAGGAGAGCCGGGGCACUCGGUAGCUGACUAUCUUAAAUUCAAGGAUCUCAUCUUCCGAAUGUUGGAGUUUGACCCUAAAGUUCGCAUUACUCCGUAUUACGCUUUACAACACAACUUCUUCAAAAAGACUACGGAUGAAAGUACCAAUACACCAAAUAGCGCGUCAAAUUCUCCGGCUAUAGAACAACAGGGGGUGGCUUCUCCGUCAGUUGGUGCCUCCUCUAGCGGUCGAGCGCGCUCAGACCCAACACACCAGCAUCACUCCCAUCUCCAUGUGCAUUCCCACUCCGCCCACCACGGAGGUGGAAACCAGUACCCCACGAUGGAGUGUGAGAGCCCCGGGGGGUCUCAAGUGGGGAACACGGUAGGAGGAACAAGGUCUCAGUACCAACAACAAUCCUGGCCCCCAGAAGCCAGUCAAGGACAAUCAUCUGGUCACCAUGGCAACAGUACUGCCUCAUCUCAUGUACUUAUGUCUGGUCAUAGACACCAUUCCUCUCGCCCUCACCACCACCACCCUGCGGUGUCUGCGCAAUCACCGCCGUCAGUGAAUGCGCCUCCUAACAUUGUGGGCCCUCCUCAGAGUGUUUUACUGAGUGGGUCUGCACUACCCUCCUCAGAACAGGUUGUGUAUGGGACAAGGACAGGUUUCCCUGCCCCAGGCUUGUCAAUGGAUAUGGUCCAGCCUGGGCAUCACUCGCAUGCCAAUAUAGACCCUUCACUGAAUAUGCAAUUACAGGGCUACCCCCAACAGUACGGACAAUAUACCCAACAGACUUGGUCUGGAGCAGGCUUUCCGUUUACAUUGACUCAGAGUAGUGGGGGGACAGAACCCCCACCGGGACAUGCGCGGACAGUGACAGAACGUUCAGACGAUUCACCAAUGGUGGGUGUUAUUGUACAGCAAAGUCCCGUAGUGAUACAUUGAUGAUGGCGAUUCUCUGUGUCGUGUUUUCAUUUUUGCGUUCUGUUCUCUGAAGGGCCUAACACAAAUGGAUAGCAUUAUACAGAGGAGAAUUUUCCAAACCGACCCGGCGAGAACGGUGAUCAGACAGAACUACAAAACCCCAUUUGUAGUUUGCGUUCUUCGUGAGAGAAGCGAUGACGACGGUCCGUGUAGUGUAGUGUCUGGCGGAGGUCUGAAUAAUGAUAGAUUCAUGAUCAGAUUAAAUAUGGCCAUGUUCCCAGGGUUCAGUGAGCUUAAAAUGUGAUUCAUUCAGCUAAAGCUUCACCAUCAGUUUUCAAACUGUAUUGGAAUACAGAUCACUAUGUUUAACAGUCAGUUCCUUGUCAAAAAUGUAGUCUGAAUUUUUCUGUGAAAAGAAAGAUUUUUUUCCAGCAUAUUGUUUUCUCCAUUGUUUUAUUGGAUUUGAAAAUAGAAACAAUUGCUGUUAUUUUCAAAAGAUGAUGAUUAAAUUAUUAAACGAUGAAAUUCACUUGAUCAAUGGAACACUUGUUUUCAAGGUACACAUUGGAUGUUUAAAACAUGCACAGUAAAGAAAAGUAAGGCGGACUUACAAUACCAAUACAGUAACACAUUUAUUUGGUGCUUUGGAAGAUUAACAGUUCAUGAAAUUAUUUCUUUGUUUUCAUUCCAUGGAACAGUAAUUGUUGUCAGUGACAUGUAAACUGGUCCUCUUGUUAAGGAGUACUAGUGUAUAUUGGGUACUGACCUUUUGUCCUAGUCAUGUCGUCCGGCUUAGAGGCGUGAGACACAGAAUGCUGCUGAUUGUUUAAUGUUGAAAACACUGGAUGGUUUUUUUCUUGACAAUGUGUAAAUAGUUCUAUUGUGUACAGUCAGGUCAAUUGUUAAUAUUUUGAAAAGAGAAGUGUUUAACAUUUCUUAUAUUAAGGGGGUGAGAGAGAAAGAAGGGGGAAUCUUUGUCACUCGUCCGGGUCUAUAUUUUGUGAUGUCGCGCUCUCUCAUCAUAAAAUUCUCUGUAGUUGAUGUUGCAUCUUUUGAUGGCCCACGCAACUACAGCUUUAUAAAUUGACCAAUUGUUGAUCAGAAUUUUUGAUUGGUUGUUAAUGAGUACAGGGCUCAAAUCUCACAAUUCAUUUACCUCAUGUAGAAAAUUGGAGGGCUUGUAUGAAAAGGGUAUUUUUUAUAGUUGUGUAUUUGGACAGGGAGGGUUCCCAACAUGAAAAAAAUUACAGAUGCUGAGCAGAGUGUAAACACAUUAAAGUGAAGGACACCUGUUCCUGUAGACAACUGAAAACUUCAGUGAUUUGUAAAUGUUUGAAGAGAGAACUGGAAAAUUGUAGUAUGUCCUUAAGCAGCAUUUUGUUCAAUAUGAAUUUUUGUAUUGUUUCUUCUUCACAGAUGUUGGUUUUAAUUCAUAAAGAAGAGUUUGUGUUAAGUGAGUUUGACAUGAUAAGGAGUUGUGCUUAUGAGUAAGUGUAGGAAAUGAGAGUAUUUAUUCUGAAAAUUUAAAACACUGUCAAUGUUGUCCAGUUUUUGUUUCAGUAAGUUUUAUUUUUAUUUUAAAGAUUACUUUUAGAAUGAUUAAGGAGGUUGGAAAAUUUUUAAUUGAAUUGUGCAUUGUUGGAUUUUUGUCGUGCAUGAAGAGAUUUUAACUACAUCUGUAGAUGCUAUGUUAAACUUUUAAAAAAAGAUUUUUUAUUGGGGGGAAAAUGUUUAUAAAGUCCAUGACUCAUGUAAAGUCUUUCCAUACAAAUUCAAAUUUUUUUUUUAUUUUGAGAAAGAAGAAAAUGUAAUAUAUAAGAUAUCAUGGUUUUUUUUUUGUUUUUUUUAGUUUGAAAUGCAUAGAAUUGACACUCAUUAAGUAUGAUAGGAGUACCUUAAGCUCUUGUCAAAAAUAACGAUUUUGUUAUCUAUAAGAAGCAUGAAAUGCCAAAACAGGAGUUAAUGACAUGAACAAAAUAUAUAAUAUGAAAGAAUACCAUUAAAUUGUCAUGAAUAAAA